ACCUUCGCAUUGUUUUUUUUGUUUUUUACGAAAAGUAAAUGAGAUGACAUGGCAAUUUCGGGUUCUCUGAUUGGUUGAUUUUUCUAUCCUAUGUGGACACCCUCUCCAUGGCUUAUAUCCCCCUUUUAGUAUAGUAUAGAUGUGUCUCACUCCAUUCCUCUAUUUUCCUUAUGUAUAUAUGAAAAAUGUGUGAAGAAAUGAUUUUCGUACCAGUUUUGAUGAGGAAUGAAUUGACCAAAUGUUCAUACUUUUUAUUAACUAAAAACAAGAAAUUCAAAUUCUAGUUAUUUUUAACUGUGAUAUUUUUUUAAAAAAAAUAUUAUUUAAAAUUAUUGUAGCAAUCAACCAGGACCAAACUUAUAUAACAGGACCAAACUUGUAUAAAUAUGUAUAUGAAGGAAGUUGCAUUUUGUCUCAAAACCAAAAAUAUUAUUUGAUCACCAUGUCUCUUGCAAUUAGACUGAUGGGCAUGACACUCUCUAUUCAAAUCAUUACAUCUUUUCUCUUUGCCGCCACUGUCUCAUCAUCACCUCCCAGUGGCUUCACCAUCGACUUAUUCAAGCGUCGCCUCAAUUCAUCUUCUUCUCGAAUCUAUAAUACUCAGCUCGGAUCUCCUUACGCAGAUACUCUCUUUGAUACCUCCGUGUAUCUUAUGAAAUUACAAAUAGGUACUCCUCCUGUUGAGAUCGAAGCUAUCUUAGACACAGGAAGCGAGGUCGUCUGGACAGAUUGUUUGCCUUGUCAUAACUGCUUUAAACAAAGCGGUCCAGCAUUCAACCCUUUAGAUUCCUCGACCUACGAAGAGAAAAUAUGCGAUGGCAGUCCUUGUCAGUAUGAGAUAGACUACACAGACCAAAGCUAUACAAGAGGAACCUAUGCAACCGAGACUGUCACGAUCCAAUCAACUUCAGGUCAUUCCUAUGUAAUGCCUAAAACCACUAUUGGAUGUUCCCACAACGCCUCAGUCACGUUUCAAACAAGCGCUUCGGGCAUUGUUGGUCUAAACUGGGGACCUUGGUCACUCGUCUCUCAGAUGGGGGAUGACAUGCUAGGUCUCAUGUCUUACUGCUUUUCCGGUGAGGGAACUAGUAAGCUCAACUUUGGAGGUAAUGCUAUUGUGUCAGGAGAUGGAACUGUAUCAGCCAAUAUGUUUAAGAAGGAGGAGGAUCCCAAUCAGUAUUACCUAAACCUAGAUGCGAUCAGCGUUGGGAAGACUCGCAUUGAGACACUGGGGACACCGUUUCACGCCUCAAACGGGAACAUGAUCAUUGACUCUGGAACAACUUACACCUUCUUGCGCAAGACCUACUACAACAAAGUGAGGAAGGCAGUGGAAAACAUUGUGAAGGCGGAUCAAGAAGAUUCCGGGGACAACUGGCUUUGCUACAAAACGAACAACAUGGAUAUCUUUCCAGUGAUCACAAUGCAUUUCCAAGGUGGUGUGGAUCUUGUUUUGGAUAAAUACAAUACGUAUAUGAUCAGUGGAGAAACCAUUUGUCUGAUGAUUUUAUGUGAUAGCCGGACACCAACUUUUGGUAAUAGAGCACAAAACAAUUUUUGGGUUGGUUAUGAUCCCUCUUCACUAUUGGUUUCUUUUAAACCCACCAAGUGUUCUGCAUUGUGGAGUUAGACAAGACAAACCAAGAGAGUCAUUUUUCAAUAAUAAAGACCACAUAGAAUGGAUUUGUUUAUGUGAAUGAGUUGUUGAGUCCCAAUCAUAAUAAAUCAUUAAUAACCUUUUAGAUACA